AAGUUACAAUGAAUAUGAUGAUUCUAGUAGUAAUCCGGAAAAUGAUUUAUCAAAUAUUUUAUCACAAAAACUGCCAAAAUCAUUAUCAACGGAAUCAAGAAUCGAUAACGAAAACGAUGAAUCGAUAUCAUCAUCAUCAUCAUUAUCACCAUCAUCAUUAUCAAAUAUUGAUACUAGUCAUUUAAGAAAUAAACGUCAUGUCAUUCAUCAUUCUCAUGAUAAAAAUCAUCAUCAUCAUCAUGAACAACAACAUGAUCUUCCUACUCAUCAUGAUCAUCAUCAUAAGCAAGAAACAAGUGACAUAUCAUCUGAAGAUUCAAAUAAAAAUCAUACAGAUAUUUUCAAACAUUCAUUAGAAAUGGAAUCAAGAGUAUAUCGUCUGCAUAAUCGUUGUUCAAAAGGAGAUUUAUCAUAUACUAAUCAAACGAAUAUGAUUUUAUCUCAAUGGAAUAUUGAUCCAACUAUAUCUGAUACUCAUCUAACGUUUAUUCCAUCCAAAUAUAAUGGUUUUGGUAUCUAUUGGCCAAGGCAACAAAAAUUUCUAUGCAUCAAUCCUAAUACAAGUCAAAUAAUUGCUAAGGAUUGUUUUGAUUGGUGUUUAUGUAGCUUUAAUGAAAGUUUUGACGGUGAUCAUCUAAUGUAUGAAUUAGCCAUGAAUCCUGAUUGGAAAUUAGCAUUCAAUAAAGUUGGCCAACCAGUGGCUGUAAAUAAAACGCAAAAAAGAUAUCUUAAAUGUCGUCAUUUUACGAAAGUUGAAAUUGAUGAUAACCAUCAUCAUCAUCAUCACCAUCAUAAGCAUCAUUCCAAACAUCAUCAUCAUAAUCAUAAUCAACAAUUAUAUCAUGAAAAAACCGGUCAAAACAAGUUUAUAUAUGCUGAAGAUGGUAUUUGCAAUGAUUGGGAAAAAUCGGGUGAAGAAAUAUUUGAUAAAGCAAUUCAUCGUGAUCCACGAUUGAGUUGUAUACUUACUCAUCAUCCACAGUAUAGUCGUUUAGCUUUGAAGAAAAAAUCAGAAUCAAAAUUGAAACGAAUAAAAUUAAAUAUCAAUCAAACGGAUAAUGAUAAUAAUAACAAUUACAAUAAUAAUAAUAAUAAUAUCACUGAAAUGGCUUUACCGAAAUCAAAUCGAUGUUUCAACAUUUCAUCAUUAUUAUUCGAUAGUUCAUAUCAUCAAUCAAAUAAUCAUAAUGGUCAAACGAUGCCUUUUAAAAGGAUUCGUCGUUUAGCAAAAAAGGUCAAACAUUUGUGUGGGUGAUCAAUUUUUGAAAACAUAAUCAUCAUCAUCAUCAUACUUGAUGCCAAAAAACAUUUUUAUAAAUAUGGAAAAGAUGACAUUUGU